AUGAAUGAAUGCCAUGUACUUGGAUGCCCACAAAUUCAACAUGGUGACCAGAUUGUGAUUGAACGAGCGAUGAACUGCUUGGCAACUGCUGUCGUCCGCUUUUUGUUGCAUGCUAGUAUGCUGCUGGGAACUGAAAGCCAACAAGGUCCACAGCCAAUCAUCAAUAUGAUUAAACCUCAUCCACAUAAUGUGAUUGAGUUUCUAUGGCAACAUCUGCAUAAUGAUGUGAGAUUGUUGUCAAUAGCAACAGGCAAGAACAGGGAUGACUGCAUUUUCAUCCUUCACAAAGUUAUUGACAACCUUUUGCAAAAAACAGUCCCAGCACAAUUUCAAUCUGGCUUUCAACAACUGUUGUCGUCAAAGCAAUGUCGAAAAAUAUGGGAAGAGAACUUUACAGCAUUGUACAUCACACCUCUGCUCCAA